AUGGGUAAGAGAAAGGAAGAAAGUAUUUCAAAGCCUGGAUCCAGUAAAAGGCAGAGACAAGAAUAUACAGAUGAACAUAGUGAUGAGUCUAAUGAAGAAGAAAUUUCACAGUUAUCAGCAGAUAGUAAUCUCUCUUCACUGUCGACUGCAGGGGAAGUUGGGAUAAUUGAAAGUAUCCAGCUGAAGAACUUCAUGUGCCAUUCGAUGUUGGGGCCUUUUCAGUUUGGAUCAAAUCUCAAUUUUGUUGUUGGAAACAAUGGAAGUGGAAAAAGUUCUGUAUUAACUGCUCUUAUUGUUGGACUUGGUGGAAAAGCCACUGCAACUAAUAGAGGUUCCUCAUUAAAAAUGUUUGUACGAGAUGGAGAGACUUCUGCAGAUAUUUCAAUAACAUUGCGAAACCAAGGUAGAGAUGCAUUUAAACCAGAAGUGUAUGGUAGCUCUAUUAUUGUGAAUCAGCACAUUAAUCUGGAUGGAAGCAGAAGUUACAGACUGAAAAGCAAAUCUGGGACCUUAAUUUCUUCAAAGAAAGAGGAACUUGUAGGGAUACUGGAUCACUUUAAUAUACAGGUAGAUAAUCCUGUGUCUGUUUUAACCCAAGAGAUGAGUAAGCACUUUUUACAGUCUAAAAAUGAGGGUGACAAGUACAAGUUUUUUAUGAAGGCAACUCAGCUGGAACAAAUGAAAGAAGAUUAUUCAUCUAUUAUGAAAACUAAAGAAAAUACAUGUAUUCAGAUAGAACAAGGAGCAGAGCGUCUUCAAGAACUUAAGCUGCUUUAUUGUGAAAAAAAGGACCGUUACAAAAGCAUUGGGUUUGUGAAUGAGAUGCGAAAUCAUCUUGAAGAUCUGAAACAUAAAAUGGCUUGGGCAGUGGUGGGUGAAAUGGAAAAAGAAAUACAGCCAAUCAGAGAAGGCAUCAGAGCUAAAGAAGGAAAUACAGAGAAGUUUGUUCAGAAGCUAGAAGAAUGCCAGGUAAAAGUGAAUGAAGCAGAAGAAAAGUACAAAGCAAUACAAGACAAGUUAAUAACAAUAAGUGAAGAAGCACAAGCCCUGCAUCCUCAGUGUGUAUCUUUGAAGGCUGAUGUACAGGCAAAAAGAAAAGCAGUCAAUGAAGCUGAGGUACUUUAUAAUCGUUUUGCAAUUGAGUUAAAACGUCUGGGAAAAGAUGAUGAACAGCUACGUAAACGAAUUGAAGAACUGAAAAGCAGUGCUAAUCAGGUUUCAGAGCCUGAAAAAUUGGAAAGACAAAGGAAAAUUGCCCACUUAAGGGAACAGUUAAAGGCAUUCCAUGAUGAAGAAAUAAUGAUUGGUCAACAGGUAGAUCAGUUUCAGCAGGCUAUAUCUAAGUGUAAGGAAGAACAUACUAGACUUAGGAGAGAAGACUGUGAUAUGAAACAAGCACUGGAUGCCAAGCAGAAACAACUGAGAGAGCUGAAAGAUAGUAAAACAAAUACCUUGAAAAGAUUUGGACCGCAUAUACCAGAAUUUCUUGAAGCAGUUGAAACAGCCUAUAGGCAAGGGUGCUUUAAACACAAACCCGUAGGACCUUUAGGUGCUUUCAUUCAUCCAAAAGAUGCUGAACUGACCUUGGCUGUUGAAUCUUGUUUAAAGAGCCUAGUUCAGGCAUUUUGCUGUGAUAAUCAUAGUGAUGAAAGAGCUCUUCAGCUGCUAAUGUCAAAAUAUUAUCCACAAGGAUUUAGACCUCAAAUAAUUGUAAAUAAAUUUCAGAAUACAGUUUAUGAUGUUAGGCACAGAGCAGUUCAUCAUCCAGAAUUCCCAUCGGUUCUCACAGCAUUGGAGAUAGAUCAUGCAGUGGUUGCCAAUUGUUUGAUUGAUGUGAGGGGUAUAGAAACAAUCCUGCUGAUUAAAAGUAGCCGUAAAGCUCGUGAAGUAAUGCAGUUUAAUCGGCCCCCAAAAAAUUGUAGAGAAGCUUUUACUGCUGAAGGUGAUCAGGUAUUUGAAAGACGAUACUACUCUUCUGAUUACGUCAGACCCAAGUUCCUAAGCAAAGAUGUUGAAGCAGAAAUAAGCCACUUGGAGAACGAAAUUGAAAACAAAAAGGCACAGAUGACAGCAUCUCGCCAACGUUUGUUUUCCAUUGAAAAUGAGAUUAGGCAGAAUGGAGAUCAUCUUCAUGGUCAUCGACAACACCAAAAAGAACUACAGAUAAAAAUAAGAACAACAAAUGCAGAAAUAGCAGAUCUUGAAAAUAUGGAAGAACACCAGUCAGUGGACAUCCGUACAUUAGAAGAUGAAGCGGAAGAAAAUAAGGGUAAGAUGGAAUCUGUAAAAAAAGACAUGCAGCAACAAAGCGCAAAAAUGGAAGAACUGAAAAAUAUUCUUCAGGUAGCUGAGAAAAAAUUUGAAGAAAUGAAAGAAAAAAUUCAUCAAGUAGAAGAAAUUGCUGGUCCAAUUAAGGAUGAAUUAAACCAAGCUGACUCAGAGGUUGAAAACAGUAAACGCCGUUUGCAGCACUAUGAAGACAAGCAGAAAGAACACUUGGCUUGCAUAAAAAGACAUAAAGAUUUACUAGCUGCCAAAGAAAAAGAAUUAGAGGAAAAAGUUGCACAAGCUAGGCAAAUCUACCCAGAGCGCAUAGAGGUCAGCAGAACCGUUAAGAGUCUUGAUGCAGAAAUGAAUCGCUUGAGAGAGAGGAUAAAUUCAGAAAAUGAUCGCCAUGGAAACAGAGAAGAAAUAGUACAGCAAUUUCAUGAUGCAAAGGAAAGAUAUGAGGAUGCAAACAGUAAAGUAAAGAAUUUAAAGAAAUUUAUUAGGCUGCUGGAAGAAAUAAUGACACAGAGAUUCAAAAUAUAUCGGCAGUUCUUAAGGCUCCUUUCUUUACGAUGCAAACUCUACUUUGACCAUUUAUUACGUAUUCGAGCUUGCUCUGGAAAAAUACUUUUUGAUCACAAGAAUGAGACACUUUCAAUAACAGUCCAGCCUCGAGAGGAAGACAAAGCUACCCUUAAUGAUGUGAGAUCCUUAUCAGGAGGUGAACGUUCCUUCUCAACAGUUUGUUUCAUUCUUUCUCUGUGGUCCAUUACCGAAUCUCCUUUCAGAUGCUUGGAUGAAUUUGACGUCUACAUGGACAUGGUUAACAGAAGAAUUGCAAUGGAUAUGAUUCUUAAGGUGGCUGACUCUCAGCAUCAUCGACAGUUCAUUUUGCUCACCCCACAAAGCAUGAGUUCUCUGCCUACAAGUUCCCGGAUUCGAAUCCUCCGAAUGCAGGACCCUGAAAGAGGCCAAAGGACAUUGAAUUUCCAAAAAAGGAAUGACAACGAGGAAGAUCAAUAA